AUGGACGCUGCCAAUGAGUCCUCGGAGGGAGUGCCAUUUAUUCUACUGGGACUGACAACUAGCCCUGGACAGAGGCGGCCUCUCUUUGUGCUGUUCUUGUUCUUGUAUGUGGCGGGCAUCCUGGGUAAUGGACUCAUUGUGGCUGCCAUCCAGGCCAGCCCGGUCCUUCAGGCACCUAUGUACUUCCUGCUGGCCCAUCUGUCCUUUGCUGACCUCUGCUUUACCUCCUCAGUCACUGUGCCCAAGAUGUUGGCCAAUUUAUUGUCCUAUGACCACUCCAUCUCCCUGGCAGGCUGCCUGACCCAAAUGUACUUCUUCUUUGCCCUGGGCAUAACUGAGAGCUGUCUCCUAGCUGCUAUGGCCUAUGACCGCUAUGUGGCCGUUUGGCACCCCCUCCACUAUGCCACGAGGAUGUCGCAGGCUGUGUGCAUGGCCCUGGUGGGGACAGCUUGGCUGGUGUCCCACAUCCACUCCCUCCUGCACAUCCUGCUCAUGGCCCGCCUGUCCUUCUGUGCCUCCCACCAAGUACCCCACUUCUUCUGUGACCCCAGCCCUCUUUUAAGGCUCUCAUGCUCAGACUCCCGCCACAUCCAGCUUCUCAUCUUCACCGAAGGUGCUGCAGUGGUGGUCACUCCCUUCCUGCUCAUUCUUGCCUCCUUUGGGGCCAUCGCAGCUGCUGUGCUCCGGCUGCCCUCAGCCUCUGGGAGGCUCCAGGCUGUGUCCACCUGUGGCUCCCACUUGGCUGUGGUGGGCCUCUUCUAUGGGACAGUCAUCACUGUCUACUUUCAGCCCACAUCCCAAUAUAAGGCAGAGCAGGGAUGUGUGGCCACUGUCAUGUACACCAUAGACCCCAUGCUGAACCCUGUCAUCUACAGCCUCCGGAAUCACAAUGUGCAGGGGGCACUCAGAGCCCUUUUCACUGGGCAAAGGAUCUCUGCUGAUGUCUCCUGA